AUGCCGUCGUUAACCGAUAAGUUUGCUGUCCAGAAGCACAACACACGCGAAAGCUGCUGGGUGAUAAUAGACGGACAAGUUUAUGACGCUACGAGUAUGCUUGAUACCCAUCCUGGGGGGGCUGCUGUCUUGAUUAAGAAUUCUGGGAAGGAUGCAACGAAAGCAUUCGUCCCAAUUCAUCCUCCGGGAACGUUGAGCCAGCUACCUCCCGAAGCGCACCUCGGACCUGUCGAUCCUGCAACUGUCCCGAAGGAAGCAACAGAGCAGACAGAAGAAGAAAAGCGGAUAGCGAAGGCGCGAGCGAAUUUACCCCCUCCGGAAGCUGCUUUGAACCUUGCUGAUAUCGUGAAAUUUGCUCAAGAAGUCCUUACUACAACGGCAUGGGCUUAUUAUCGGUCGGCUGGAGAUGAUAACUGUACAUUUGACGAGAACACCGCUGCAUUCAAACGAUUUUGGUUCAGGCCUCGAGUUAUGAACAAGGUUUCACGAGUAUCCACCGCUUCAUCUAUCCUCGGCUAUCCCUGUUCAUUACCAAUUUUCAUUUGCCCGGCUGCAUUGGCGCGUUUGGGACAUCCAGAUGGAGAGAUGAAUCUUGUCCGUGCGGCUGCUGCUGAGCAAAUUGCUAUGGGCUUGUCGAUUAAUGCAAGCUGCUCUAUCGACGAGGUUAUUUCCGCGCGACAACACCCCGAGCAACCUUUAUUCUUCCAGAUAUAUCUAAACAAAGACCGAGCAGCCUCAGAAGCUCUUAUCAAACGCGUCGAUAAAGAAGGGUUCAAAGCGAUCAUUCUGACUGUCGACGCUGCGACUAAAGGAAAGCGAGAGCUUGAUCAACGUGCCAAGGGUAACUUCUCUUCGACAAUGGGACCUGCGAACAGCACGUCGACAACGUCGACAAACACAGGUUUAGGCGUCGCGCAUGUAAGCUCAAUGUUCAUCAAUUUGGUCGGGGAAGACAUUCCUUGGAUACAAAGCCUCACGAAGUUGCCUCUUAUCAUCAAGGGCAUCCAGUGUAUCGAGGAUGCAAUAAAGGCGUUUGAUUACGGCGUACAAGCCAUAAUAAUCUCAAAUCACGGUGGUCGGAGUCUCGACUUCUCGCCCGCCCCAAUGACAGUUCUUUACGAACUACACCAACAACGUCCCGAUAUCAUCCAGAACAAACUAGUCUACAUAGAUGGCGGCGUUACGCGUGGGACGGAUGUGUUGAAAGCACUCGCUCUUGGUGCUCGCGGUGUCGGCUUAGGCAGAGCGUUCCUUUACGCGAAUGGUGUUUGGGGAGAACCAGGAGUCAGGAGAGUCGUCGAGAUCAUGCGCGAGGAAAUUGAGACGGGGAUGCGACUAUUGGGAAUCACGAGUCUUGACCAGCUUACACCGGAUUACGUUCAAUACGUUGAUAGAAUAUCUGCUAAACUGUAG